GUCCGCGCCAUUAUACAAUCUAGUUGUGGCAGUAUGUUGCGAUAUUACUGGAGAAAUGAACUUUUUAAUGAUGUUUUGUGUGUGGGCAAUAUGGUAACGUGUUGUAUUAAUAAUGGUUUACCGAUUGUGAACGUAGAAGUGUGUGAUGCAUAAAUAUUUUGUUAAUGAUAUAUAACCUUUUCCCUAACCUCCUUUAGUAAGUAGUGUCGUAUUUGCAAAUGAUGUAGUGUGUUUAUUGGUAUUAUUAUUUUAAUAUUAAGACUGUCGAAAAAGUAGUUUAGUGACAGUGAUGAGUUUUAGCGAGAAAUGGAAAGUUUAACACGUACAGUGGACGUACCCACGCAGACUUUCGAUAUAACAUAAAGCCCAUAGGAACGUACAAAUUGCGGGGUGUUGGCAGUGGGAGCUGCGGCUCUGUUAACAUGGCUGCAACGCAAGCCGAGAGUCAACAAAAUGAUAUGAGUUCAGAAUCCGCACCUCCGGAUCAAAAUUCCGAUUCGAGAAAUAACGUAUUACAAAAUGGAACAGACGUAAAUAGUGCUAGAAGUGUAGUGAGUAGUGACAGUGGAUCGAACACAAAACGUAAAUCGCCGGUUGGAAAUGAAAUGAGUCUUUAUGGGGACGGUGGCGACUCUCAGGCACCGGGAGCGCUGCUGACUGACCGAGAAGACUCCGUGUACGGGCAGUACGCGCGUUAUCACGAUCCGAACGCGGACCCUUAUGUGGCGAGGGGCGGCAAGCCGGGAAUGCCGCCCGUCAGACCGCCCCAGCGAUAUCUGUCCGGACAGAGUAUUUCGCAACCGACUGGCCCCACGCCUACGCUCAAUUCUCUGCUGCAGUCGCAUCCCGGGGCUCCGCCGUCGCACCGCUAUUUAAAUAGUUACGAGCAGAGCCCCUACGGAGCGCAAGGCUGGGUGCCGUUGCCCCCCAGGCCCUACAGUCCCCAACAGUUAGGUCCUGGGCAGCCCUACAGAAAUACUUCGCCGGUGCCGACGUCGCGGUGUCCUCAGCCGCCGUACGGUCCGGCCGGCAAUGCAGCGCCACCAUCGCCUGCUGGAGGUUAUCUCCCGCAACCAGCGGGUAGUGGCGGCGUAGGUAGCAGCAGCGGUGCACCGCAACAGCCUUACUCACCCUAUCCUCAGCAACGCUACCCGCCGCCUCCUCGACCCACAGCACAGCCGCCGCAGCAGAGGCUACCGUUUCCGCCGCAUCAGUACGGAGAUGUGCAACGAUGGCCCAACUCAGGUGCGCCUUCUCCAGGCGGCAGCCCUAGUGGGGGUGCCGGCGGCGGUGCUAGUAUUCCGACAGGUGCACCACCGCCCGCUUCGCAAAGUCAACAAAGUAGCCCGGGUAGAGCGCCUCCGUCCCCGGCACCCUCACCAACCCAUCAGCAGGUUUAUGCAGGGAGACCAAGUCGCAAUACAACACCAAACAUACACGACAGUGAUACAACGGACACUGUCGGACAAAACAGCAAUGACAGCACGAGCGGCGGCGGCGUUGGUGGCGGCGGCGGGGGCACGCCCACCUCGCAGGGGAUGAGGCCCACCCCAUCGCCCACUGGAUCGUCUGGCUCCAGAUCCAUGUCCCCGGCUGUCGGGCAACAAAACGUACCGAUGCCUCCACGGCCAUCAAGCAGCAGUCAGUCUGAUUCGCAGCAACAACAGCAACAGCAGAGUCAACAGCAGCAACAGCAGAGCCCAUCUUCACAGCCGUCUGCUACGCAGCAGCAGCAGAUAGCGGCUCCUGCACGCGGCGCUGUUACACAUUCUCCUUCGAGCCAACAGCCAGGGGCGUAUUCGUAUAAAAUGGCUGCUUCACAACCACAGAGCAUGCCUCCUUAUGCGCCGCAGCAAUAUCCGCAAGGUAAUUAUUCUCCGCGGCCGCAAUAUGGUCCUGGCAAUUACGGUGGUGCUUCGCAAGGUGGUCCUCCAGUGCCUAAUAAUAGUAUGAGUGGUCCUGGUCAAUAUCCUAGUAGACCUGUACCUAACCAUGCACAAUUUCCUGGAUAUCAGAACUGGGGUCAGUCUGGCCAGAUACCAUCACAACCAUCACAACAAACACCUCCUAGUAGCAUGUUAGGGAAUCAUAUUACACCAGGGGCACCGAGUGGUAAAUCUGCAUCUACUGGAGGACCUAUUCCUCCAUCUUCUCCUGUCAAUACUGCUGGAUCACCUAUUCGGCCGCAUUAUCUCAAGCAACAUCUUCAGCAUAAAAUGGGGUUUAAUACGGCACCGAGUCCUUCGCCUCCACAAGGAGGUUAUAGUGUUGGAUCAAAUGGUCCAGGCAUGGGGCCUCCCGGGGCGGCGGGACCGCCACCACCUCAACAACCAUCUAUGGCUCCGCCUCAGUCACAGCAUCAAAUGGGACCACCGCCUAUGAUGGGACCACCCAACAUGGGUCCGCCUUCAAAUUCGAGUCCUGCUCAUGGUAAUAGCGAGGGUGCGCCUGGACCUAUGCCUCCACCGAUGGCCGACGGCAGCAACACAGGACCUCAGGACAAUGGAGUAAGUUCUUCUGCCUCCAGCCACUUGCAGCAUCAUCAUCCCGUCACGUCAUUGGUCACUACUGGACCAGAUGGGCAACCUAUGGAUGAAGCCAGUCAACAGAGUACAUUAUCCAAUGCAUCAGCAGCAUCAGGAGAAGACCCUCAAUGUUCAAGUCAAAAAUCUCGUAAAGGUGGUGGAGAUCUUGGCCCAUAUUCACAUCCUCCAUUAACGCCGUCAAAUGCUUCACCUGGAACGCAACAUGGUCAUGAUGAUUAUGAGCUCUGCUCACCAUCAUGGCCUAGGACACCAGCCAGCAGCCCUAUAUACAACAGUCACAUCCCACAGGAAAAUUAUAGAUCUAAGAAAUCUGACUCAUUGUCAAAAUUAUAUGACAUGGAUGAUUGUCCGGAUAGGCGACUUUGGCUGGACAAACUGCUGAGUUUUAUGGAUGAGCGUAGGACACCAAUAUCAGCAUGCCCAACAAUAUCAAAACAACCUUUGGAUCUAUACAGACUUUAUUUGCUUGUACGGGAGAGAGGCGGUUUCGUCGAGGUAUGCAAGGUGACAAAAAAUAAAACAUGGAAAGAUAUAGCUGGGCUUCUUGGUAUUGGCGCUAGCAGUAGUGCAGCUUAUACUUUAAGAAAGCACUACACUAAGAACUUGUUAACAUUUGAAUGCCAUUUCGACCGCGGUGGAAUAGACCCUGGUCCAAUUAUACAACAAGUAGAAGCUGGAAGCAAAAAGAAAAGUGCCAAAGCAGCAUCAGUUCCUUCACCAGGGUCAUCAAAUUCACAAGAUUCAUUUCCUGCUCCUGGUUCAAGUGGGGCAUCUUUAGAUGGAUAUGGUGGUUACGGUUCUAGUUACCCAUUAGGUUCUGGUCCUGAUUAUAAUUCAUCUAAUAUGUCUAGGCCACCAUCUCAAACUAAUUCUCAAAUACCACAUCCAGGUAAUGCAACAUCAGGAGACAACAUAGCAGUUAGCAAUCCAUUUGAUGAUCCUGUAGGAACAACUAGGAGCAGUCCUUAUCAACCAGGAAACUCACCUUAUCGACAAGGAAUGCAACAAGGUGGGCCUUAUCAGAGCCAGCAAAGUGGUUAUGGUGUUCCAUACAGCGGUCCUCCUGACCAGUAUGGGCCUGCACCUGGGCCCCCUGGCCAAUAUACUUCAGGUCCUCCAGGGCAAUAUCCACCUGGAAACAGGCCUGUUUAUCAGCAGUAUGGACCUGAAUCCACAGAUAAUAGAAAUCAAUACAAUACACCGCCGAGCGGUGCACCUACACCACCCGCCGCAGCGCAACCCGGUACAACGGAUCCUUACAGGAAUUACGCUUCUAAUAGUGGCAACUAUCCGCCACCUCGACCGUACGGUCAACCAAGUUCAGGCGCUCCGACCGCCGCUGGUCCUCCAGGUCCACCAACCACUCCUUCUGCUACUGGUCCUAGUACUCAGAGCUCGAGUACCACCACACAAGGCACCCCCAGUGGUCCUGCAGGCGCUUACCCUCCACCUCCACCCAAUGCACAGGAUUACUACAGGCAACCACCACCUGAUCAGAUCUCUCAACCUUCUGUAAACCUGAGCUCGCAAUUAGCGAGACAAUUGAUAGCGCCUUUGUCUCCAGCUAAAACGUCCUACCACGCCUAUGGAAAUUCUGCUCCUGGAACUCCCGGAAAUAAAGGAAUGCCACCUCCUGCUGUUUCAGCGCAACCGAGAAGGCAUCCUGAUUUUGCAAAGGACACUCAGCAACCAUAUCCUCCUUAUCAACAUAGACCUCAGAUGUAUCCAGGUUGGCCUAAUAAUUCUGGUCAAUAUCGAGGACAAUAUCCACAACAAAAUGCACCUCCACCUCAACAGUGGAAUAACACCAGUAGUAGGCCUCCUGGUGCACAGCCUGGUCCACAAUGGGAUCAACAUAGAUAUCCUCCAGGAGUACAAUUACCAUAUCAGCCUCCACAACAGAGUCAACAACAAUGGCCACCAAUGUCUGCACAAGGGGUAGCUCAAAGCUCACCUUUGAGGCCAGCUCAACGACCUCCUUUUAGACCAGAUGGCAAAGGAGCUUAUAUGCCGCCACCUCAGCAACAGAAUAAACCAGGAACAGCAGUAGGCGCUUAUCCUUCAUCAACGGCCCCCAAGAGGGAACUGGUUUUUCCUUUGGACAGCGUAGAAGCAACGCAGCCUGUACUUUACCGAAGGAAAAAGCUCUGCAGAGGGGAUGUCGCUCCAGUAGAGGCUUGGAGAAUUAUGAUGGCUUUGAGAUCAGGUCUACUUGCUGAAACGUGUUGGGCUCUAGAUGUUCUCAAUGUUUUAUUGUAUGAUGAUUCCUCAGUUGCUUAUUUUGGAUUAGUGCAUAUGCCCCAACUUUUAGAAUUGCUUUUAGAACAUUUCCAAAAGAGUUUAAAGGAUGUAUUUGACCCAGUAAAAGAUCUGAAAAACAUAUUCAAACUUUCCAACACUGAUACUACAGAAGUAGAUCUAGGAGCAAUGAAACCGUCCUGUAAAGUUGAUCCGGAAGACAGGGAAGUGUAUUUAAAAAAUCAAUCUAUAAACUAUUCAUUAAUAUCUCGAAAGGGUGUGCCAGUCAGAAUAGAAGAUAAUGAUGAUGAAAUAUUUGUAACGGAUACUGUGAAAAAGUGGGAUGUUCAAGGAGAUGACUCCAGUUACAAUAGUUUAAUAAUGCAUGGCACUGAUCCUUGGCAGACGGGUCAGUCCGAAUUAGUAUCGCGUGAUUAUAUAAUUGACUGUUUUCAAGCUGAAUUCGUAAACAUUCCGUUCGCCUGUCAGAUGAAAUCUACAAGCAAUAGUAGUGUGUGUAAUGGUGAUGUGAUUAGGACUAAAAAUAUUGACGAUAAUGAAGUUUCAACAAAAAUUAAAAAGGAACAACUAGAUAUAACUGAAUCUGUGAUGAAGAGAGAUGAUUUUAUGGAUAUGGAUAUGAAAUUGAUUGACGAUACAACAGAAAAUAAUGUAGAUAGUAUGGAAUCAAAAUUUUUAGAAUAUAAUAUAAAUGUGCGUGAUCCAGCCGGCACACUAAAACGGCGUAGAAUGAGUGAUUUUGAAGAUGAGUGCUAUACAAGAGAUGAAUCCAGCUUAUAUCUAGUUACUGAGAGUCAGGACUCCAUGGCUAGGCGCUGUGUGUGUAUUUCUACAAUUCUCCGUAAUCUCACAUUUGUGCCUGGUAAUGAAAUGGUAUUUGCAAAAAGCAGCACAUUUGUAGCCUUGUUAGGAAAAUUAUUGCUUUUGCACCAUGAACACCCUGUUCGUACUUAUAAAACUAGAAAUUAUGACCGAGAGGAAGAUUCUGACUUUACUGAUUCUUGUAGUAGCUUACAAGGUGAAAAUGAAUGGUGGUGGGAUUAUUUAGUACACAUACGUGAAAAUAUUUUAGUGGCCACUUCAAAUAUAGCAGGUCAUAUGGAUCUUGGGAUAUUAGAUGAAGAAAUAUGUAGACCCGUAUUAGAUGGUUUAUUACAUUGGGCUGUUUGCCCUUCAGCACAAGGUCAAGAUCCUUUUCCAACAGUUGGUCCUUCAUCAUUGCUAUCUCCACAGCGCUUGGCAUUGGAGGCCCUGUGCAAGCUUUGCGUUACCGAUGCCAAUGUGGACUUGGUUAUAGCAACUCCACCAUUCUCACGUCUAGAAAGGUUAUGUGCAGUGUUAACGAGGCACCUGUGUCGGAGUGAGGAUCAAGUGCUGCGAGAAUUUUCAGUAAAUCUUCUGCAUUACUUGGCCGCUGCUGAUUCUGUGAUGGCUCGAGCUGUAGCUUUACAAAAUCCAUGUGUAUCAUUGCUGGUUGCAUUUAUUGAGCAAGCAGAACAGGCUGCAUUGGGAGUAGCUAAUCAACAUGGAAUUGCAAUGUUAAGAGAUAACCCAGAUUCAAUGGGAACAAGUCUGGACAUGCUGCGAAGAGCUGCUGGCACAUUGUUACAUCUAGCUCGGCAUCCUGACAAUCGGCCUUUGUUUAUGCAGCAGGAGCAACGUCUUCUGGGUCUGGUCAUGAGUCAAAUUCUUGAUCAACAAGUGGCCGCCAUUAUCUCACGGGUGCUAUAUCAAUGCUCUGCUUCUACGUAGUGUGUAUUUUUAUUAAUGGCUGAUGGGUUAUAAAUAUAAAAAGCACAUUUAAUAAGAUUACAUUUGUAGAUAUAAAAACAAAAGGAUUUCCUUUACAUUUGACUGGAGUAUAAUUGAACUGCCUUGCCUUCUGAACUUUUUUGCAGAUAGACUCUAGUGUAAAUUAUUACAGAAAUACAUAUUUCUGUUAUGUACAGUGAUUGUGAAGACAAAACUCCUGGUUUUAAUAAAUGUAACUGCAUGUUAUUAAUAAUAAUUAGGAUAAAUAAUGAUAUUUUAUAAAAUGUAAUUAGUAAAACCCUAACUGUAAAUGCAAACUUUGUGUGUAGUGAUAAAACACAAGAAAGAAGAGACAUUAAAAGCAUACAUAUUUAAAUAUAGUGUAUGUGGUAUAUUCUUGUAUACGUAUAUAUGUAUAAAAUACUGUACAUAUACACAUAUAUGUAUAUCAGCAUAGGCAUGUACCAUCGUAUGUCAUGUAUGUAUAAAACAUAAAAUGUAUAUAAUGAUAUUCAAACAUAAGACACUUUAUAGUUCAGUGGUUUAAGUGAGGAAGCGGAAAAAAUUUUAAAUCAGUUUUCAUGUAUAUUGGUGACUUAAUCUCUUGACAGAAUUGACAUUUGUAGCAUUUUUUAGGCUGUCUCAGACAUA